AUGGGUUUAAAAUAUUAUUCCAAAAACAUUAAUAAUUCUAAAAACUUUCCAUUAUUAUCAUCAAAUGUUGAUAUACCAUCCUAUGCAAAUACUUCUAUUUCAAAUUAUAAGAAAUACCAAAAUUCAUCUCAAUUAUUAUCAUCAAAAACAAAUAUUAAUACUUACCCGUAUAUUUCUAUUCAAAAUCAUGAUAAUAUUGAUCAUUCAAUACAAACUUCAGAUGAUUUUCAAAAUAAUACCUAUGCCAAUAUUUCUAAAUCACAAAUAAAAUCAACAUAUAUAUCAAAUGAAACAAUAUUAGAGAAUGCAACAUCAAUGACAAGUCUAUCUAAUACAGAAAUAGAAAUAAAUCUAGACAUAAUAGACAAAAAUAAUAAUAAUAAUAAUAAUCAAAUUUAUGAAAAUAUUAAAUUAUGUCCAAAAUUAUUAUCAUCUAUAAAUCCUUUCAAACUUAAUAAAUUAUUAUUAUAUCAAAAAUCAUCAAUAGAUAAUAUUAAUUCAUGUUCAUCUUCACAUAACUAUAUAAAUCUACAACAACAACAACAAUCAAUUAAUUCAAUACAUACAAUAUUAUCAAGAAAAAAUGAUCAAAAAGAAAAAAAACAUUGUUCUUCAAUAGAUUCUUUGAAAAAAGAACACGUUGACAUUGAAACAAAUUCAAAUACUAAUACUACACAAAUAGUUAAAAAACUUGAAGUCAAUUUGGCCCCGAGUUGUCGUGAUAAAAGUGUUUUAUAUCGUACAAAAAUUCCUUCAUCAUUUCAUCAACAACAAAUAAUGCAUCGUUCUAAACGACAUAGUACAAGACCAUUUUAUGCCAAUCAAAAUUCUAAUAUAAUAAAACAACAACAAGUCUCAAAUUCUAAUAUUCCUCUUCAUCAUCCAAUAAUUACUGACGAUCAAUGGAAACGUUCAAUACAUAAAAAUCGACAAAUGAAAUCUGUUUCAAAUCAAUUAUAUAAUGAAAUUCAACAAUCAAUAUAUUCCGAUAAUCAAUCACUAAAUAGUAUUUAUAUAGAAAAAGAUCUAUGUGAAAAUCCAAUGGAAUUUCAUAAAAUAUUACAAGAUCAAAUUUUUGCAUGGUAUCCAACUGAAAAUUAUAAUGAAGAAGAUUUAAUAACACAAACACAUUCUAUAUUAGAAAAUGAUGAAUCCGAUAAACAGAAUGAAAUAACCAAUUUAGAUGAAGAAGAACUUUAUCGACAUGAUACAUUUGAAGAUUUUUUUCUUCGACGUCGUCGAAAAUCAUCAUCAUCAUCAUCAUCAUCAUCACGCUCAACUUUAGUAAAUGAUAAUAAAACUAUUCUUUCUGAAACAAUUUCUCAUGAAAUACCUAUUAAAAAUUCAUCAUUAAAUCGACAUUUUCCUAGUAUUGCUUUAGGUUUAGAUAAGACUGAUGUAGAAUUUAUUCAUGAUAUUAUUGAACGUUCAAAUGAUGAUCAUCAUAGAUCAAAUCGAAUAACAGCACUUCGAGAAGCUUAUAUUCGAGCAAGAAAUAAAAAACUUGAUUUAAUAAAAACAAAAAAUAAUUCUUCAAUAAAUGAAAAUAAAAAAAAACAUAUUAAACCAAUAAAACAUUCAUUUGUUACUUCAAAAAUUCGUGAUGAACUUGAAAAAUAUGAUGAAUUACCCGUUUAUCAAAGGACUAGUUUCAAUGAUGGUGAUGAUGAUGAUGAUGAUGAUAUAUAUUCAGUAAAUUAUCAACAACAUAUUCAUCAUUGUACAAUACCUGCAAUAGUUUCAACAGUACAUCGAAUAUCAAAUUUUAUUUCAUCAUUAAAACGACAAUUACAAAAAAAUUUUCAUAAUAUUCAAUCAAGAAUUAUUAUUGAAAAUAUGAGUAAAUCAUCAAAUCAUAUAUCACGACAUCGACGUACAUUUCAUAAUUCAUCAGGUCAUCCUCAUCGACAUAUAUCUCGACCAAAAACAAUGCAUAAUAUUGUUCAUCAUACGAAUAGUCAUCAUUCAAAUGAACAUUCUCAUCCUAUUCAUCGACGUCAAUUCCAUUCAAAUCGAUCUCAAUUACAACAUCAACAUAGUCAUCAAUUUCCAUCCUAUGAACAACAUUCAUCACAUAGAAAACGAACAUUUCGAAUCAUUCCUCAUCAACAACGACUACAAAGAAUCGAGUGA